CCUCCAAAACGAAAGAAGCCAAGAACAGCCUUUACAAGACAACAAGUUAUGGAGUUAGAAAAGCGAUUUUCUCGACAGAAAUAUCUGGCUUCAGCUGAAAGAUCCACACUGGCUAAAGGUUUAAACAUGUCAGAUUCACAGGUCAAGACAUGGUUCCAGAAUAGACGUACCAAAUGGAGGUAG